AUUAAUUUUCUCCUUCUCGUUCUCUUCUCCCGUCCCCCCCAAAAUUUCUCCCCGCUCCGGCGAAUCCGAGUUCCGGUGAUCGGCGCCUCCGAUCCGGUGAACGCGUCCUAGGGUUCGUCAGUGCGGCGGCGGCGGACGGCGGCGGCGGUGAUCGUACUCGGUGGUGCGAAGAAGAAGGAGAAGAUUGUGGAGGGCUUCGCUCGUUCUGGGUCCAGUUCGAUUCUGCGUUUUUUUAGCGUUUGAGAGAGGGAGGGAGAUGUGAGGAUGAUGGGCAUUGAGGCCGCUCGGAGAGGCGGCGCGGCGGCGAAACCGAUGCCGGCGGCGGCGGCGGCGGUGUCCCGGGCGAGGGUGAGGAUGUGGAUUCUGCGCGCCGCCACGUCGGUGUUGCUGUGGACGUGCGUGGUGCAGCUGACGGCGCUGGGGGAGACGUGGGGCCCGAGGGUGCUGAAGGGGAGGCCUCCCUGCGAUCAUCGGGAUCGGUCGCCCCCCGCUACCGAAGCCAAGGAGGCGGUGGAGGUCUCUUCUGGGCAUCGUCCUCGGCGCGUUUUGCCUCCCAAGAGGGUUUACAAGAACAAUGGAUACUUGAUGGUCUCUUGCAAUGGAGGACUUAAUCAGAUGAGAGCAGCGAUUUGUGAUAUGGUUGCCAUUGCUAGAUAUAUGAACGUCACACUCAUAGUCCCUGAGCUGGAUAAAACUUCCUUCUGGGCUGACCCCAGUGAGUUUCAUGACAUAUUUGAUGUUGAUCAUUUCAUCACCUCUUUGAGAGAUGAGGUUCGAAUCUUAAAGGAGUUGCCACCCAGGCUCAAGAGGAGAGUGGAACAGGGAAGAAUUUAUUCCAUGGCGCCAACCAGUUGGUCAGACAUUUCUUACUAUCAUCGCCGGAUUCUUCCCCUGAUACGGAAGCACAAAGUCGUACAUUUCAAUAGAACUGAUGCCCGGCUUGCCAACAAUGGCCAACCACUGCAGCUACAGAGGCUGCGUUGCCGGGUGAAUUUUAGUGCUUUGAAGUUCACUCCUCAGAUAGAGGAGCUGGGAGGAAAAGUUGUAAAGCUUUUAAGGGAAAAUGGCCCUUUUCUUGUGCUUCACCUUAGAUAUGAGAUGGACAUGUUGGCGUUUUCAGGCUGUACUCACGGUUGCAACAAUGACGAGGUGGAAGAGUUGACUAGAAUGAGAUACGAUUAUGAUCAGUGGAAAGUAAAGAAAAUCGAUUCUGAGAUGCAGAGGAUAGAGGGUCUUUGUCCUUUGACUCCUGAGGAGACUGCUCUCACAUUGAAGGCUCUGGACAUCGAUCGAAAAAUGCAAAUUUAUAUUGCUGCUGGUGAAAUAUACGGUGGAGAAGAAAGAAUGGCAACUCUUGCUAUGACUUAUCCAAAAUUGGUUAAAAAGGAGACAAUACUAGAGUCCUCAGACCUAAAAGCUUUUCAUAAUCACUCAUCACAGAUGGCAGCAUUAGAUUAUCUUGUGUCCUUGGAAAGUGAUGUUUUUGUUCCCACUUAUAAUGGGAAUAUGGCUAAGGUUGUUGAAGGACAUCGCAGGUUUCUUGGUUUCAAGAAGACCCUUCUAUUGGAUAGAAGGCUUCUUGUGGAGUUAAUAGACCAGUUCAGUAAUGGAAAUUUAAGUUGGGAAGAUUUCUCUUCUGCUGUUAAGGAAGCCCAUGCAUUCCAUGUUGGUAAUCCAACGAGGAGGUUGGUCAUUCCAGAUAGACCUAAAGAAGAGGAAUACUUUUAUGCAAACCCACAAGAAUGCUUAUGAUGGUUGUUGUUUGGGUGAUCCUGAUUUUCUCAAUUUGCAUCCGCAACUCUAGCUAUUCAGAGAGAUCUUUAACCUCUUCAUCAUAUCACUAUGGUGAAAAGAGUUUUGUCCUGAAAGGGCCAUCAAGUGAAAUGCAUAGAAGAAUUUACCCUUCAAGAAAGGGUCAAAUCCUGCAGAAGCUGCAGGCUGCAGGAGUACAGUCUAACCUCCUCUGUUCUUGCUGAUUGUUCAAUUGAUGUACAGAAGCUAUCAUGCCAUUGUGGUGUCAUGUUCAUUCAAGUUGGUUGGGCACCUUCACAGCAGAUGCAAAUAUAGAUGUGGUUUGCCGCAACUGUGAAUUUAUGGAAGGCAAUCCACAUCUUCUCAUCAGCCGCAUCUUUCCUUUUUCCUUUUCAUUAGCUGCUCCAGUUUCUUCUCAUACACAUUCUCUUCAAUUUCUUCACACAUAAUCGCUGUUUCUUUUGUUCGAUUCCACAGAAGCACUGAAGCAACUGGCAACAUGAUUAGGAUCACUCAUUGGAUAAAAAUGUCAUAUAAUUUCUCCUUCGUUUCUUUCUUUUCUUUUUUAGGUGCAUAAGUAACCACAGCCUUUCUGGUCAUCUUUGCACUAUGUCCACAGAUAUUCAUGUAAAGCAAGUGGUUUUUUUUUUUUUUUUUUUUUUUUUUUGUCAUGUUGACAACCAUGGUAUGUUGGAAAGAGCUUCAUGCGAUUGGUAAUUGAGACAUUUGUUACUUUCUUGAAAAAUAUGUUCCCAAUUGAUUUUUAGCCUGUUGGUUAUGACAACCUAACCGAAGCAACCAAAAGCCAAUUGAACAAGCUCAUCUCUAUGAAAAUUUGUAAUUUCUGGAUUAGUAUUUGUUCUUAUUCGUUGCCCACAGGCUUGUAUUAUUUGAGAUGACUAGUGAAUGGUUCUUGUUGUCCUUUACUUUCUUUGGAAUAAGAACUGUAUUAGACCGUUGGCCUGUUGA